AUGGAUGCAGUUUACACAAGCUACAGAGACAAAUGCAAUCCGUCGUUUUCCUCCUCUUUGCUCGACGAGAUCUACCGCUCCAUCGACGAAAGAGACGAUGAAGAAUCGACGUUUUUUAGAGAAAACAUACGAAAAAAACAGAGCAAAUUUGGUGGAAGUAAGUCAAGUAACAGUUGUUUUGAAAAUCAUGAUGAUGAACGACGAGCAUGUUUGAUUCAGAAAUGGAUGGCGGAUAAAGUGUGCGAAAAACCGGUGGUUGGGAGAAGAUCAACGGCGGAUAUCGAAAGAAGCUCGAUGCGAAGUGAACGUGAAUCAGUUUACUUUAAUUCGAGCUCUAGCUCAUGUGAUUCGAGUUAUGGUGGAGCUUUUUCUUCGUCGGAAGUCGACUCAAUGAACGGAGUUCUAUUUAAACCUAAACCCAUCCGUACAAGCGGCUAUCAACAAGAAGAAGAUUCGCAACAAAAGGUUAAACACGAAGGUAAAUUCGCGAAGACGAAAUUAAAAGCAUUGAAGAUCUACGGUGAUCUGAAGAAGGUGAAGCAGCCGGUUUCUCCGGGAGGUCGGUUAGCUACUUUUCUAAAUUCACUCUUAACUACAGGAAACACGAAAAAACCAAAGACUUCCUCCGCCGCCGCCGUCUCCGGAGGAUACGCGGAGGCGGCGAGGAGUCAUUUAGACAGAAAAUCAAAGUCGGCCAACGCGUCUACCUGUUCAUCAGCAUCUUCAUUUUCACGUUCAUGUUUAAGCAAUACUCCAUCGUCGAGGGGAAAGUUGAGCAACGGCAUGACAAGGUCGGUGAGAUUUUAUCCGGUGAGCGUGAUUGUCGACGAAGAUUGUCAGCCAUGUGGACACAAAUCACUCCAGGAAGAAGAAACUCAAUUCGCUAAAAAUUCAAUACCGAAAGAGCUUAAACUCAAUUCGAGUGAAAACAACCGCCAUAUUCAAGAAGCUGCAAGGAAUUUGUUGAAGGAGUACCAAAAGAAGGUCGAAUGUAAAUCAGAUUCAAUAAGAAGUAACGUAGACAUGAAAGAUGUCGAAGAUGAAGAUCAAUCCGAUGAUGGCAAAAGUGACUCGAGCUCUGAUCUCUUCGAGCUUGAUAAUUUCUACUCAAUCGGGAUGCACAAGUAUCAAGAAGAAUUGCCUGUAUACGAGACGACUCAUUUUGAUACCAAUCGAGCCAUUGCUAAUGGACACUUCAUGCAAUCAUCAUAA